AUGCCGAGCGCAAGAACAUACGUCAAGGCCAUCAGUGCUGGAGCAGCUCUCUGCGUAGGAGGACCAGCGCUGGUAUGGUACGUAACGCCUACAGAGGAGGAGAUUUUCAAGAAAUACAAUCCCGAGCUGCAAAAGAGAGCCCUUGCGCAAAGGAAGCAAAGAGAGGAGGAGUUUGAGAGUUUUGUUGGCCAUUUGAAGGACGCGUCCAAGUCGGAUAAACCCAGUGAGUUCUGCAACCCCAUGCAAUAG